AGUAGUCAGGCUUUUACAGCCGCCUGCAGUUGAUCAGAUUUGUUGUCUUUAUUCCAGAAGCUAAGCUAAAAGGAAAAUAAUCCAAAAUAUAAGCAGUGUUUGUGUCAGAAACGUUUCGAAGUUUAUCGCUCGAUUGUUAUUGCAGUUUUUUUGCACAGCAAUCUUUCUGCGUCACCAAAACGCAAACCUUUAGCUUAGCCUUAGCUUAGCUUAGCCUAGCCUUAGCUUAGCUUAGCCUAGCCUUAGCUUAACAGCAGAGGAGCUCUGGAAGUGUUUGAUUUAGGAGUCACACAGAACCAUAACAUAACGGUUUGUCUGUUCCUUUUGUUUAUGACUUUAGUUUAAGUUGUAAAAAUGAACUCGAAGAACCUGAAGGCUUUUCUUGAGUCGUCUUUAAACGAGAUCUUUAAGGCGACUGUGGAUAACAUCCUGGACUCUGUAGAUCAAACCCUGGCCGAGUAUCAGGGACAAAUUCGACGUAUUACCUCAGAAAAUGAGUCUCUGAGAGAAAAACUGCGUGCUCAAGACGCUGUUGUUGCAUGCCAGGUGAAAACAGUGCAUGACGAUGUUGUUGAUGCUGAUGGGGACUUAAGUCCGACGUUUGUUCAUCAUCUCACUUUAUCUGGACAUAAGGGUCCAGGUAAAGCCUCUAAGAAACAGCGGGAUGAUCGGAGAAAAACGUCAGGAAGCUCUAGGCCUGUAUUACUGAAACAAAACCCCCUUACAACCAACAGUGGAACAAGUCAAUUAGACAAAGAAGUGCAGAGUACAACAGUACCGUAUGUAAAGAUUGACCCAGACUUUGAAGGUGACAGUAGCUUGUUAAAUCAUCAAUCCCCUGUUAACCUUACCACUAAGAUUAUUAAAGUAGAAGGGUCUGAUGAGAAUCUUUCCGAAUGUUACAUUGGAUCUCCAGCAGACCAAUCCAGAGACAGCGAUGGCGAGAUUCGAGUAACCAUGGUGUCUAAUAAAUAUCUGAGCAGUACUAUGAGUGAAGAUGAAGCUAGCGAUAUUGGGCACCAUGAAUCAGAGAAGUCAGCGCAGAGCAUAUCUGAGGAAGAUCUCGAAGACCCAAAUGACGAUGCCGCUCUUGGUGUCUGUUUUGAUGGCGAUGUUGGACUGGCUUUGGAACCAGACAAGGGAUUUAUAGAAAUUUUUGAAUCGACAGACUCGGCAAACUCGAAAGAGCUAAACGACAGCAAAACCUUCCACUGUGCACUUUGCGAUAAGAGCUUCGGUCGCAUGGCCUCGCUUAACAUACACAUGAGGACUCAUACCUCGGAGAGAGCUCACAUCUGCAGCUACUGUGGCAAGGGUUUUAGCCGCGCUGACCUUCUGAAGAACCAUCAACGCACCCACACGGGCGAGAGACCAUAUUCCUGUAACCUGUGCGGAAAGAGUUACGGUCAUCAGGGACAGCUCCGGAUCCACAAACGAACCCACACUGGCGAGAAACCAUACGCCUGCCCACACUGCACCAAGCGCUUUACAGAACACAACCAACUCAAAGUUCACCUCCGCACACACACGGGCGAGCGGCCAUACUCAUGCACCGUCUGCGCUAAGACCUUCGCCAGUGCCGGCAACUUGAGGAUCCAUCUCCGGAUUCACAGUGGAGAAAAACCACAUUGUUGUAGCCAGUGCGGGAAGAGGUUCAACAGCCAAGGUGACCUCAAAACGCAUCUGCGUGUGCACACGGGUGAACGUCCGUACCAUUGUGAUCUCUGUGAAAAGACGUUCAGUCAGGCUGGCCACCUCAGCAUCCACAUGCGUAUGCACACUGGUGAAAGGCCUUACGAAUGUAGUAUAUGCGGACGCACCUUCACUGUGGCCAGCAGCCUCAAGCUUCAUCAGCUCACCCACACCGGAGAGAAGCUUCACACCUGCGUACGCUGCGAGAAAAGCUUCAGCAGGGCCAGCCAUUUGAAAAGACACGAGCAGCUCCACGCCAAAGAGGAAACCGUAACGAUGGAUGCUGAUCAGUUGUUGUCGCUGGAAGAUCAACCGCUUCAUGGUGGAGAUGAAGAACAGAAUUUGGAAGGGAUGGAGUGAAUAAUGACCCCCAAUGAUCCCCACACACUGUGGCCAGUCUAUCAACUAAAUUUCCCUUGUUGGCCACUUUGUAUCGUCAGUUUGUCAACGCCUUCACUGUCCCGUCGACCGACCGAAGGUGACUACAGCUCAGAAGACAUUUAGAUGGUGGUCUGUUCUCAGUACAGCAGAGGAACUGGCAUUUAUAGUGUUUGGCAUAUCAGGAAUUUGCAGUCUGCUAUCUUCCACAUACCCAAGCUUGCAGACAUGUAUGAUCUGAUAGUCUUGGCUGUGUGCCAUCCUUCCCACCCGAGAGCAGCACCGGUUUUUACUCCCUUGGCUCUCGGCCAUGCAUUGCUGUGGGGCUAUCGGGAUUCGAACUGACAAUAGGACGGGAGAUUUUAGUAAGGAUGUAUUAAAGACUCCGUACACUUACACUUUAUUACAGAACCUGCCUACCUGGUUGAUUCAUCUUGAAGAUGUACAGUCGCAUAUCAAAGAGAGAUCAUCUUUACUAUUUUUGGUUCACGAUCUUGGUAAAGAAUGAAGGAGAAACUGGCAGCGGGAGAAACACUGUUGUAUCUGAUAUGUUCAUGUCAUACCACUGAAGCCAGUGUGCUGAAAAUGAUCCACCAUUCAGAUAGUCUUGUGUUGGUCCCUUUCAGUUAUGGGCAGGUGUCAAGGGCUUGACAGCAAUCAAGACUGACUACAGUCUGUAAUGUACACCGACAAAGUGACCUAUAGAAUAGAUGUAUGAUUGUUACAGUGUCCGGGGAGUGCACGUAGCUGUUGCCAAUGAAGUGGCACCAUGUGUGUGAUAUUCAUACAUUACAUUUUUUUUCUUUACAACCCUUUAAUGCACAGUCAACAAGCAUGACUUUGGACUAACGAGGCUUAAUUUACUUGCAAGUUAAAAAGGUUCGAAUUAAAUUAGUGGUUUGUUGUGUUUUCUAGUUAAAGAAAACAACAUCAUUUCAUGAUCCUUGCAUCUUAUUUCUGCUCUUCUAGUCAUUAAGGUUCUUUUGGGUUCUUUGACUUCCUCCAAACUCCAGAACAACUUUCCGGUAGCUGAAUUGCCGAUGCUAAAUUGCCCAAAGUUGUGAUUUAUGUAAAAUUUCUGGUCCUGGUGUAGGCUCCAGAUCCACCACAAACCUGACCAAGAUUGAAGCGGUUACUUUUUGAUAACCAAAGAUGGGUUACAUUUUUAACAUCACUUUAAACACUUCCUGAAAGUCCACCAUUAGAUUCUGUUCAUUGUUAAAGCUCGUAUACAUUGAAUGCAGGAUUGUGUGGAUCCUCCUUUAGAUGAAGUGUUGCUUUAAUCUGUUUCUUGCAAUGCCUUUAAAAAGAGCUUGAAAUUAUAAUCAAAUACAUCUACAUGUACACGAGCUGGCCUGGAAAACCCUUCAUGUGGCAAUAUUUUGACAUUUUCUCUCAUGUAUAGCCCUUAAAUUAUAGGCUUUAUAUAUUUUUUUCUCCGUCACGUCAAGUCUAAGCACCUCAAAGAAAUGAAAAGGGAGAAAAGUGUGUUUGCUGGAACAUCCUGGUCAUUUUUCCACAGCUGGCAUCUGAUUACAGACAGAGUUUAUUAAUCUUGCUGUACCAUGUAACUAUUCAAGAAAUUCACCAAACUUGAUGUUUCAUCUCCCCCCAACAAUAUAUAAUAAUUCUGAUAUAAUAACCAUUGACGUCUAAGGAGGUUACCCAAACCCUUACACAUAUUGCCCAAUAAGGACAUUAAGUACAAAUACAACAAAAAAUUUUUCAUUCCUAUCAUUUGUGAUAUUUUCAAGAUUGUUGUUAGCUUUAAUUAGAACUUAAACUCUCCCCGAUUUCCUGCCGAGGCCUCGAUUCUGACACCGAUUUGAAUGAAAUCACAUAAGCAGUGUUAUUCUGUCAUUUUAUAUCUGUCAUUAAUCCUAAUAGAAUCGUGAUUUUUCAAAUGGUGACUAAUUGUAACGUACCGAUCAAAAAUGCUGAAAUUGUUUGUUUUUGUGUAUUAAUACGAUCGUCGUUUUGAUAUUAGCAACACUUUUUGUUGUUGUUUUUUUUUUCCUUUGAUGUUUGUGUGCCUCAGAACUAAAGACCGAUUUCUCCAAACUUAUAAGAGUGCAAAUGUUUAAAACAUUUUACUUAUUUCUAUAGAUACGGUUUACCGUCACAUCUGUUAUGCAUUUUAGGGCAUGCGGUGUUGAGGAUUUUUCUCACCGUUCCUGUUGACACCAUGUUAACCAAACUACAGUCUUUCAAAAUUUAUACUUGCGAAAAUGACUGUCAUCGGUGACAAACUUAACCGUUUGAGCAAACACAGUACAUUAUCGACUUAAAGUGCGUACAGUAUUCAAAACUUUUAACUGCAAAUUCCCUGUUGACAAUAAAAGGUUAGAUGAUAAAGUUAACUAAGAGUUUGUACACAUUAUAAUGAUUAAUAUUGUUUACUUAGUGGAAAUGUAGUGGAAAUUAAGCCAUUCUUGCAACUGUCAUUCCAUCAUAAUAAAUGAAAUGAAAAAUCAAA